ACUGGCUCGAAUAUCGAUUAGAUGAUGCAGCAGCAAUGUUUGAGGAGGCUCUAUCUAGACGUAGGAAAGCGUACGGAGAGAAUGACAGAGCAUCUUUCGUCACUGGAAAGCUAUUGCUUGGUUAUGGCAACGUCAGGGCUCAACAGAAUCUCCAGGACGAAAGUUUCGAGCUGCAUCAACAAUGUCUACUACACUACAAGUCUACAGUCGGGAACCAUCACCACAGAACCGGGGACGGUUGUGUGAAGUUAGCGGACCACUAUGUUCGGCUCAAACGAUAUAAUACAGCGUUGUAUGUCUGGUUUUGGAGAUGUAAAUAGUUUUUAUUGUGGUACUGGUUGUGACCCAGCGUUUGGUCUUUGAGAACUUUCAAGCAACAGUAGUUCUUUUUCAGUACGUCGAGCUUAUCACUGUCAGCGACACCAGCAAGAUCGGAAUAUUGUAUCAUUGGAGGUUUUGGGUUGGG